UUUAAAGCUGGUAUUGCCAAUCGUGGUGCAUCAAUUCGAAUAUCUCGCCAGGUUAGUGAAGAAAAAUGUGGCUAUUUAGAAGAUCGUCGUCCAGCAUCGAAUUGUGAUCCAUAUGCUGUAACUGAUAUUAUUGUUCGUACUGUAUGUCUUGGUGAAAAAGAUUCAUAA